AAAAUAACUUAACUACAACUUGUCCAAUCUACAGCAGAUGUUAUCACUACUAUCUGAAUUUACCACACAUUAAAUACAGUAAAUUGUAUUAUAAUUGUAAUAUAUGAAGAAGAAACAGCUAUCCAACUCGACUGUAUGCUCUCCAAAAAUCCAUGUUAAAUUAAUUCAAACUACAACCAUUUCAAUUUGGAAGCUCCCCUUAGCCCAAAUAAAAAAAGUAUAAGUCCCUCCCCAGUGCUUAAAAAAUGUUUGACAUGCCUGCUUCCUUAUGCAUCACUUCCUGUCCCUUCAUAAAUAACGAACAGUCCCUAAAAACCUACACGCCUACAAGUCCCGACGUGCCUUGCGGUUAUAACCAUAACAGCGGGAGUUUACAGUCUAUGGUGUCUACUACCACCAUGGCUAAUCAGAGCAGAGUCUUUGCAGCGGUACUACCGGCUGCUGGUCGGGAAUUCUCCGGUAAUGAAAACGAGCAGGGACUCCAAGUGCCGGCAGUUAACCGUCAGAGUCCCGGUAACCGGGUCCGGGAGGUACAGGUGACGGGAACAGCGGAGGUUUGUUGUCCGGCGGACCGAGUGUCGGUGCGGGUCAGUGUGGGCAGCAGCAAGGAGUCCGUUAACGAGGUGACCAACAGCGUUACACGGCGACUGGAGUAUAUUCUACAGGCUGUCAGACAACAUGGAGUCAGUGACAAAGACACCUCAGUGAGGAAGUUUCUCCACCGAGACGUAGACCAGUAUCACAUGCAAGCAGAGGUCGUGGUGACUUUCUCAGAUUUCGAUAAGAUGGAGCAAGUGUGUAGCGUCCUGCUGGAGAAGCUGGACAAGAGUGUAUGUGUGGGAGCACCACAGUUCUACCACAGCGCCGAAAGCCUGAAUCAAAUGAGGCAGCGCGCUUGUGUAUCAGCAGUGGAAAACGCUCAGCAGAAGGCCUACGCAGUCAGUCAGCUCCUGGGGCAAACUCUGGGGCCGCCCCUCCUGGUCAGAGAGGAGGAGACGAGAGAGUGGAGGAAUGAGGAUGAGGAGGACGGAGGCAGAUGCCAGGAUGCUUCAGGCCUUCCUCACCUUCCCCGUACAGCCACAAUCACCGCCUCCUCACGGGUGUCUGUCUCCUUCGGCCUCAGAGACAGAAGCAGGAAAAAACUCUGAAGACAUUUGUCACUGACUCA